AUGUCGUCGAUCGACGAGACUCCCCUGGGUGUUGCACCCCUCGAGCGCCGUGACUCUCUAGAGAAGCACCUCCAGACCCGCCCGGAGAUUAAGGACCUCAAAGACCGCCAUAUCCUGCUCGACACCAAUGUGGCACCAUCUCUCCAAUCUGCACGCCAGGAUCUCGCGCGCCAGCGUGCCACAGACGAACUGAAGAAGAACCUGGGGAAGAGGCCUGGGCGGGACGAGCUGGUGGAGCGUAACAUUCUCCCCGCCACCGCGACCGCGCCAGCCCUGCAGGCCAAGGCUCAGGAACUCGAGCGCCACAUGCUCGCCGAUAAUCUUGAGCACAAGAUUCAAAACCGUCCUCAGCCCGAGGAAUUGAUUUCCCAGGGAAUUUUGGAGGAGGAUGAAGAUCCGCGCUCAGCCUAG